AUGAGACCACCUCCUCUUCACCCUCCCCACAGUUAUUUUUCGACGUCCAGUCCCUCCCUUCAUACCAAACCCCACCCCAGUCUCCCUCCUGCCCUGAUCCAGGGCCCCCAUGUGGCCUCGGGGCUGCAGAGUCCCAACCCUGGGGUCCAGUCCCCCCGAAUCCUGCAGGGACCACCCACCAUCGUCCAGGUAACCCCGCCUGAGGGUGCACCGGGCCGAGCACUGCUGCUUGCACUGCUGCACCGACGCCCUUGGCCUGCCCUUGAGCAGCCCUGUCCUCUGCUUGCUAAGGGCCAGGAGAUGCCCGCACCCGGCCUUCUGGGAGGCUGGGCUGGGCUCACCAGCCUGGACAUUCCCCCACCCCCCAGCCCCAGCCCCCGUGCUGCCAGGUUGUGGCUACACAAUAAAUAA